GGGACGUGACAGCCGGCGGAAGUAGCGGCUUACUGUCAUGUCCGUAGCGCCGAGUCACUAGCCGAACUUUCGCUUUCCCCUGGAAAACCCGGUGAACAUGGCGACGUUUUUCGGUGAAGUGUUGUCGGUGUAUUCUCGCGCCGUGGAGGAAGACGACGAGGACCCCGAGCAAGACGAAGAAGACGAACAAAUCCGCAGAGAGCUGGAGGAAAAGAGGGAAGUUCAUCUGCGCUGGAGCCCUGAAGUCUCAGAGUUGCUCAAGUCUGGAAACAAGUUGCCGUGUAGAGAGUUCAUCCUCGCUGUGGGACACAACGCUGCCAAGUUUCUGUCAGUGUACGUUCUCACCUCUGCAAACUGGGACACAUUGGGACAUGCAUCAGUGUGGAAUGAGAGGAGCCGAGCUGUAACUGGGCAAAGCAGCGAAGAGUCGGCAUGUGUUUUCUACAGACACAAGGAAAACCCAACAGUUAUGAUAUGCCAAGUGACUUGCUACGUUGCAGAAGACCAGCUUUUCCAGUGGACAGAAAAGGUUUUCGACUGUCUCCAGCACAGAGAGCUGAGUGUUACUGUGCUGUCAGAUAGCUCUGUGGCUGAUUACAAGACAGCGGACUAUCUGUGCACCAGCUCUGCUCCCUUCCUGCGCUCUCUCCACACCGGUACCUUCAGUGGUCAGCCCGUCUGCCAGUCACUUGAGCAACCCAACAUAAUUACUGGGCUUCCAGCUGCAGUAUUGAACCACUGCCAGGUCCAGCGCAUCGCCACUGUUGUUUACCAGUGUUACAGUGAUGUCAUCGGCCCUGACUCCGUCUCCAUGGAGACCUUCAAACCUGCACUAACCAAGCUCGCCAAGUCCAUACAGUUGAACUCUUCUCCGAACACAGACAUCCUUCGCAAGAUGGUCAAAACCACCGACAUCCAGAGUAAUCUUUAUAUCUGAAAAUGGCCAUGUUGCACACUGGGUGGUGCAUUUAGAUGAUGUUUUCCUCCGAUAAAAUACUGUCUUUUUUUAAAUAAAGUAAUUAAGUAAACAAA